AUGUCAGAGAAAUCUGUUACGCAUACGCCGGUAUCAAAGAAACGGUCUCACGAUGAGGCUGAAGGUCUCGUGCCCUUCCAUACUAGAACUCAAAGCCCAGAAGAGACGCAGUUGCCAACCCCAACCAGCCCUGCUGCGUCCCAACUUUCGCCUCGACCAGGCAGGCAAUUGUCACCAGCCAUCAGUGUCGAAAGUUCAGCGCUAAGUGAUGCAAAGACCAUGACACUGUCGGCAGCUCAAGCUACUCCUCCGCCUGUGACGAGUUCUGGAGCAGCAAAGAAGCAGAAGUUAACAUUUGCCGAAAAAGAACUGGAGAGGGUCAAGAAGCAGUCCGAGAAGGAAGAAAAGGAGAAGAAGAAGGCAGAUGAACUCCAAAGGAAGGAGCAGGAGAAACUGCUAAGAGACCAAGAAAAGCGGCGGAAGGAAGAAGAGAAAGAGGUUAUGAGAAAGAAGCGGGAAGUCGAAAAGGCUGAGAAACAGAAAGCUAGAGACGAAGAGAAACAAGCAAAAGAGGAAGCAAAAAGAAAGAAAGAGGAGGAAAAGAAGAAAAAGGAGCGGUCUCAGCUACGACUGGGCUGCUUCUUCCAGAAGCCGGUAGCAGGCGAAGUGACGGAAGAAUCUUCUCAUGCCUCCAGCCGAAGAUCUUCGGUCAUCAGUCUCGGUGGUCUCGAUGAUCAUGACAACGAGGUACCAGCAAAAGGUUCUCCCCAGAAGCGAGUGGAUGCAAAACACGGAUUUCUGCCAUUCUUUGUCCCACAGAAUGUCAAACUGGCGCCUGCAAAUCGAUUUGCUCGAGACGGAAACCUAUCACACAUGGCGAUCAGCCGGCUUGAUACAUGGAUGGUGCAGGGGAACAGUAUUCAUGCUGAAGAUCUCACAUCUAAGUUUAAGUCUAGGAAGCGGAAGCGUUGUCAGAUGCCACCGUGCACCAUGAAGGAAAUUGUAGAAAGCAUUCAAGGCACUUCCACAUCACCAAUCGACCUUACGGGCGAGCCCGCAUUUCCUCAAUUGUCGCGUGUCGCAUACAAGAUCCUAUCCUUUAGAGAAGACGUUCGUCCCCCAUACGAAGGGACUUAUACCCGAGCUGUCUCACCAACAUCAGCUGUGAAGCUUUCCCGUCGCCCAUUUAGUAGACAGCUUCCCAACACAAAUUACGACUACGACUCUGAGGCUGAAUGGGAACCACCUAAUGAAGACGACGAGGACCUUGGAUCGGGUGACGAUGAAUCUGACAUAGGCGAGGAUGGAGAGGAAGACAUGGACGGCUUUCUAGAUGACGAGGACGACCUGGGGAGGAGGAGACAGGUCAUGGGAGAGAUGAUACCAGUAAAUUCUGGACUAUGCUGGACCAACACGACUAAUGAGGGCGGUCCCCUCGAGGAAUACCGCAUACAGAUGUUAUCUGACCAUCAUCUCUUUCCCAUCGACCCCUACUCGACUGCCUACUGGCCCAGAGCACACCAGGUGUCCAGGCAGCCAGCCAUGCAACCUCCGCGGCUGCCGUUGUCGAGUCUCAAUCCAAACAGCAGUCCAGCGAUAACAUCUCCUUGGAAAGCUGAGGAGGAAGAAAAGUCCGACGAAAGGUGCCAAAACUCCACUGGUCUCACACAAGCAACAGAGACAAAGGCAGGAAAGCCCCUGAAGCUAGCCCCUGACGAAGUACUGCCGGAUUUCAAGCAAGCUGUCCGGGGGAGCGAUCUGACAAAAGUGGGGUUGAUUGAGAUCUUGAAGAAACAGUUUCCGAAAUUGUCCAAGGACACGAUCAAGGAUACUCUGGGUCAUGUAGCGAGCAGGGAGGGUGCACAUACGGACAAGAAAUGGGUGCUGAAAGACUGA